UCGAUAUUGACGAGUUGUGGAACACCCGGCCAGAAUACGAUCUGUGACUCGUUAGAUGACGUUGAAGAAAGGUGGCAUAACCUGUGGAGUUUAAAAGACGAAGCGAAAUAGAGUACAUUAUUUGAUAAUUACAUUAUACUGAGUGAAAACCGUGCAAUUAAUAGACAUGCAUUCAGUUUUAACUCGUGGAAAUGCCAUCCUGGCGUACACUUUGAGUGUAUCAGCCUGCCUAACGUUUUGCUGCUUUCUUUCCACUGUUUUUAUUGACUACAGAACUCCCACAAAUUUGAAUACGGUCAAAGUUGUUGUCAAAAAUGUACCAGAUUACAGUGCUUCAAGAGAAAAAAAUGAUCUUGGAUUCUUAACAUUCGAUUUGCAAACUGAUCUCACUCCUCUGUUUAACUGGAAUGUUAAACAGUUGUUUCUGUAUCUUACUGCAGAAUAUCGAACUGCCAAUAACGAAAUUAAUCAGGUAGUAUUGUGGGACAAGAUAGUCCUGCGCGGCGAUAACGCUGUACUUGACUUCAAAAACACAAAUACCAAAUAUUACUUUUGGGACGAUGGCAACGGCCUCAGGGGUAACAAGAAUGUGACACUGACAUUAUCGUGGAAUAUUAUUCCAAAUGCUGGGCUGCUACCAAGUGUAGCUGCUCCUGGAUCUCAUACAUUUGCUUUUCCAUCUGAGUAUACGAUUACCCGUGUAUAGAGUUCUAUCUAGUAACAAAAUCACUCUAGAAAUUUUUUCAUUGCAUCUAAUAAAAUAAUAACUCUCGCGA